CCUCAUUGUGCAGCGUUUGUUCCUGACCACAUUAUCCUGAUUGUCGGUUACCUUCCUAACAAGAUGGAUCUUCCCAGCGGAUUACUGAACGUUCUGAAGAGCGAACACGCAGUCCUUCGCUGUUGAAGUAGAAAGCAUUGACAAGGGUAUUUAUUGGGCGGUCACCGCGGGUCUCGAGAGCAGGUGUUCGAAUCAUCGGUUGCCCACGCCUGUCCGAGGAUUCUCAAGAGCAAGAAGGUCGGGUCGACCAGUCAGAGCAGGCUUGUCUACUGGCUGUGAUGGGAUCUGAGUGUCUUGCUUGAGUGCUUCGGGGAUCAAGAUGGCGCACGCUUAGAGAUGUAUCACGCAAACCUGUUCUUGCAGCACACCACACGCGGAUGCCUCUACUAUUUGAGCCUAACAGUCAGCCAGUCACCAGUCGAUCACGGGCGCUUUUUUCCCUGUAGAGCCUCAGAAGAAGCUUUGGCCCUGGCGGCGGCGAGAAGCUUGAUGGUUUCGCCGGGACUGACUCGGGUGGGUUCGCCCCAUGUGGAAUGGUCAAAUGGCGUCAGUCAGAAUUUGCGGCCCAUUACGAAAUCCUCGUUGUACCCCUGAGUCCAAAUCGCAGGAUUUGCAGCAACUGUCCAGGGCCAGAAUCACACUAUGGGCUGUAUGGCAGAAGAUACUCGGCCGGGGGGGACGGGGAAUGGGGGCCCCCCAACUCCACAUAAAUAUAAUACUAAUAUAGUGUAGUCUUGAACCAUGCGAGAUCGGGGCCCUUCAGCCUGUCUUUAAUGGGCCAAGGUGUAAGCCGCACAGGAACUGAUCGGAUCCAUCAUCAACAAUCUUUUGCAGCCCCUUCGGUCACAGGCACCAUGGCCAUCAACAGCUUCAAGCCCUCGUCAGGCUCUUCAGGGAACAACGACAUUGAGAAAGAUGCCGUCCACACAGAUCCGGGCUUCAUGUCCGACACCAAGCCUGAUUUAACAGAGCCGCAACUCAACGUCGGCGGCCAUGCAAACGUCCAGCGUCAGCUCAAGAGCGUCCAUGUCACCAUGAUUGGUUUCUGCUCGGGCAUCGGGACGGGUCUCUUCGUCGGCACGGGUGCCGCUUACGCCAAAGCCGGACCCGCCGGUCUCUUCAUCGCGUACUGUCUCGUUGGCUCUGUUCUGUACUGCGUGAUGCAGAGCAUUGCCGAGCUGGCGACCCUGAUCCCCACCGCAGGCAGCUUUCCGCACUGGGCCACUCGGUUCGUCGACCCCAGUGUCGGCUUCAGCUUGGCAAUCAGCUAUGGAUAUUGUUACACGGUUGCGGUGGCCUCAGAAGUAUCUGCGGCAGCUGUCAUCGUGAGCUAUUGGACGGACUCGGAAGUUAUUAUACCGGCAGUGGUCAUCACGGUCGGUUUAGUUUUGAUCCUGGCCAUCAAUCUGCUCAGUGUAAAGUUCUACGGACACUCCGAGAUCUUCAGUGGCAUUAUCAAAGUGUCCUGCUUUCUCGGACUUGUACUUGUCGGUAUCGUCAUCACUGCGGGUGGCGGCCCCACCGGUGAGCCCAUCGGAUUCAAGUACUGGCAUGACCCAGGCGCUUUUACGGAGUACAAUGGUAUCACGGGGUCGGUUGGAGGGUUCCUCGGCGUUUUGUCUGCGCUCGUCAACGCCUCGUUCAGCUUCAUCGGCGUCGAGACCGUCGUAAUCGCCGCAGCCGAGUCCAAGCACCCCCACAGGGACAUUCCCAAGGCCGCUAAGCGCAUCACAUUCCGCAUCGGCCUGUUCUACAUCUUAGGCGCCCUUCUCAUUGGAAUGAUUGUCGACCCGCGAAACCCAGGCUUGACUAGCGGAGAAGGCAAUGCCAAGUCCAGCCCAUGGGUGAUUGCAAUCGAGCAGGCAGGCAUCAAAAUCUUGCCGAGCAUUGUCAACGCGUGUAUCCUGGUGUCGGCCUGGUCGGCUGGAAACUCCUACUGCUGGGUCGGCAGCCGUAUGAUCGUGGCCAUGACCACCGAUUAUCAACUCCCGCAAGCUUUCGGCAAGACUUGGAAGAAUGGCGUUCCAUGGCUGGCCGUGAUAACGGCUUGGCUCUUUGGGCCCCUGGCCUAUCUGAGUCUGGGAAGCGGGGGUCCAGCGCAGGCCUUCACCUGGCUGCUCAACCUUUCCACCGUCGCGGGACUUAUCGCCUGGUCCACUCUUUCCUUCUGUUACAUUCGAUUCUACGCCGCCAUGAAGGCCCAAGGGGUCUCAAGAGACUCGCUGCCAUGGGCUGCCCCCUUCCAGCCCUAUGCGGCUUGGAUUGGAUUCAUUGGUUCUGCAAUCAUCACACUUAUUUCUGGGUUCCCGGUCUUUCUCAGGGGGAACUGGUCGACGUCUGAUUUUAUAGCGAGCUAUGUCGGCAUUCCGAUUUUCUUUGUGCCAAUCAUGCUUUGGAAGUUGUGGCACAAGACCAAGUUCCUUCGUGCCAGUGAGAUUGAUCUCUGGUCUGGUCGCCUUUACGACGAGAAGCAUGCCGGAGUUGAGCAGGAGAAGCCACGGGGAAUUGCGAGGCGUUUCUGGAACUGGCUCGUCUAGUUACUCCCAGAGCUGACGACUUCAGGUUGGCAUCCUAGAUUCAAC